AAUUGUAGGCGCCAGUCAAUUCGCAUCGUCCGGGAUGGCGACGAAUCAACCAAAGCAAGGAAGUGAGAACGAUGAUUGCUCUUUUCUCCCUUUGGUUCAUGACAUUAUAAAAUGCAUGGACAAAGAUAGUCAAGAUGUCCAUCAAGAACUGGUCAAGUUUAAGACAAGGAUUCAGGAAGCGCGCGAGCAGAUCGGAGCCAUGCCCGGAAUUGACAUGAGCCUUUCGGAGCAGCAGCAUGAACUAGAGACGCUGCGGGAGCAAGUCCGCACCAAGAAUCAGCUACUGCAGAAAUACAAGAGUUUGUGUAUGUUUGAGGUUCCCAAAGCGUCGUGAGGGAUUUUUGACAGUACUAAAGAAACUAACUGAAUUCAGGAGACACUUGGAGAGGAACACACUUGUACUGAAAAUUAUAUAUUUUUAUAUUUAGAGGACUGAGAAAAUGACCAUCCAUUUGAAAUCGUGAGAAAUUAUCUUGUUUAUAUGGAUUAUUUUGGGGGAUUCCAUCUCUUGGCUCCGUGUUCUCAUUUGCCUUUCGAAUCUUUUUUUUAUUUUACCUUUAUUUAACUAGACAAGUCAGUUAAGAACAAAUUCUUAUUUUCAAUGAAGGCCUAGGAACAGUGGGUUAACUGCCUGUUCAGGGGCAGAACGACAGAUUUGUACCUUGUCAGCUCGGGGAUUUGAACUUGCAACCUUUCGGUUACUAGUCCAACACUCUAACAACUCAUGCAGUAUAACUGGAACUUGUCCCGUUUGUCAAAACCACCAGAAAACAUUUUAUUUCACUAUAACACUACCUUCAGGCAUUAUCUUGUUGUAUUUGUAAAAACUGUAUUAUCCAUACUGAAUUAUAAUGCCCUCUCAAGUUUGUAUAUGAAGUGGAUGAUUAUUUGAUGUAAUGGUUUUGUUGGUGUGCUAUUCAGAUUGUGUGCUGCAGAUUGUCAAUGCAGUAGGUCUAAAAUUAAACCUUUUGUUUUAA